GACUGGAAAAUGGGGUGCGAAACCCGCGCGAUACAGAAGACUGCUUCCCGUCCUUAACACGCUCUCCGCCACGCGUGGGCCACCGAUGGUGCGACUGAUCGUGAGACGACCCGCAGCCGGCGAGACUUCAUCGAUCACGUAAAACGUGGAGGUGCUACUCUGUGCAACUGCACUCUGUGUGCAUCUGCGCAUCGACAACAGUGCAUAGCUUGCACUACUUGUGCGUACUCAAGUUUGCUCGCCGCAACGGUACGCAACAAGCGAGCGAAGCAGCAAGCCCCAGCAGCAUCCUGCAAAAGCGGCCGCCGACGCCGCACGCAUACGCUUCAUAAGAACGCGCGAAGCAGCAGCGAUGCAACGCAGCGUCGUAGCGCUCCUCCUCGCCGCGGCGACCGCGCCGCUGGCCUCGAGUAACGUGAUCGGCAUCGACUUCGGCACGGAGUUCAUGAAGGUCGCGCUCGUCCAGCCCGGCUCGCCGCUCGAGAUCGUCACGAACACCGUGAGUAAGCGCAAGAGCGAAACCGUGGUCGCAUUCGUGCGCGGCGAGCGCCUCUUCGCGUCCGACGCGUACGGGUCGCUGUCGCGCAAGCCGGAACAGUCGUACGCCCGACUGACCGAGUACCUCGGCCGCUCCGAGACGCAUCCGUCCAUCGAGACGCUGCGGACCAAGUCGUACUUCCCGACGACGACGCGGUUCAACGAGAGCCGCGGCGCCCUCGCCAUCGCCGCGCCCAAGUCCACGACGGAGGACUACGGCGGCGGCUGGGACGAGUGGCAGCCCGAGGAGCUCGUCGCCAUGGUGCUGACGUACGCCAAGGACAUCACGCGCGCGUACGGCGGCAACGUGGUCCGCGAUUGCGUGAUCACGGUGCCCAUGUCCGCGACGCAGAUCGAGCGCGAGGCCCUGCUCGCGGCGGCGGAGCUCGCGGACCUGCGCGUCCUGUCCCUGAUCGAGGCGAACACGGCCGCCGCGCUGCAGUUCGGCCUCGACCGCAAGUUCGACGAGCCGCGCAAGGUGCUCUUCUACAACGCGGGCUCGGAGUCGAUCCAGGCGUCCGUCGUCGAGUACUCGACCUUCGUCGAGGGCACCAAGGUCAAGAACAAGACCAUCGGCCAGUUCGAGGUCCUGGGCAAGGGCUGGGCGCGGGGCGCGGGCGGCUUCCACGUCGACCUGGCCCUGGCCGAGACGAUCGCCGACGCGUUCAACGAGCAGUGGAAGAAGAAGAAGAAGGGCAAGGCCGGCGACGUGCGCACCUUGGCCCGGCCGAUGGCGAAGAUCCGCGCGAGCGCCAAGAAGACCAAGGAGGUCCUGAGCGCGAACGAGAAGAUCCCCGUCAACAUUCCGUCCCUGCACGACGACAUCGACUUCCACAUGAUGGUCACGCGCAAGGACUUGGAGGCGGCGGCCGCGGAUGUGCUGGCCAAGGCGAUGCAGCCCGUGCAGGACGCGCUCGCCAAGGCGAACGCGACGGUCGACGACCUGCACGGCGUCGAGAUCAUCGGCGGCGGCGUGCGCGUGCCGAAGAUCCAGGAGAUGCUCCGGGACUUCUUCGCCGCGGGCCGGACGAACAAGUCGGACCCGCUCGAGCUCGGCCUCCACCUCAACGGCGACGAGGCGCCGGCCCUGGGCGCCGCGUUCCACGGCGCCAACGUCUCGACGAGCUUCCGCGUGCGCAAGGUCGGCAUGCUCGACUACGCGCAGCACGCGCUCGGCGUGCGCAUGACGAACGACCUCUACGCGGAGAGCGUCCGCGAGGGCGGCGGCCUCAUGGGCUUCUUCAAGGGCGGCACGAAGAAGAAGGACGAUGGCGACGAGUCGCCGGAGGACUGGCACAAGCGCGCGACGCUCUUCAAGGCCGGCGCGCGGCUCGGCGCCAAGCCGCGGACCAUCGCCUUCCACCACGACGCGGACAUCGUCUGCGAGCUGGCGUACGACGAUGUCGACAAGCUGCCGCCCGGCACGCCGAAGACGGUCGCCCUGUACAACAUCUCGGGCAUUGCCGCGUUCGCCGCCGACAUGGCCAAGCAAAACACGACGGGCCAGCUGCCGCGGCCCAAGGUCCAGCUCUCCUUCACGCUCGACGCGUCCGGCAUCGCGUCGCUCUCCAAGGCCGAGGUGUCCGUCGUGGAGGAGUACGAAGUCGACGCGCCGCCGCCCAAGGCCGAGCCCAAGGCCGAGGACAACGCGACGGCCGAGAACGCGACCGAGGCCAACGCGACGGACGACGCCGAGGCGGCGGAGGCGGCCAAGGACGACGACAAGCCGGCGGAGGCGGCCGCCGAGGCGCCGACGGAGGCCGCGGCCGACGCGGCGACGGGCGAGGCCGCGCCCGAGGCGAACGCGUCGGACGCCGCCAACGCCACGGGCGCGGCGCCGGGCAAGGUCCUCAAGAAGAAGACGCACAAGCGCACGCUUACGGUGACGCCGAGCACGGCGGGCCUGCGCCAGUGGGCGCCGCGGCGCUCCGACGUCGCCGACGCGUUCGACCGGCUGGCGGCGAUCGCCGCGGCCGAGAAGGAGCGCCGCGCGCGUGAGGGCGCGAAGAACGACCUCGAGGCGGCCAUCUACCGCGUGCGCAACGCGCUCGACGACCGCGCGAAGGAGAUCGAGCCCGUGUCGACGAAGAAGCAGCGCGAAGAGAUCUCAUCGACGUCGCGUGAGCUCGAGGACUGGCUCUACGAGGCCGACGCCGAGCCCGCGGCGACGUUCAAUGACAAGCGCACGGCCUUUGAGGCCCUGUGGAAUGCAGUCGUGGGCCGCGCGGAGGAGCUGGCCGCGCGGCCCAAGGCCAUCGAGAAGUUCCGCAAGGCCCUCGCUCUGGCCAAGAAGAACGCGACGGAGGUCUGGCCCGACGAGCGGCCCUGGCUCGAGCAGGAGGACCUCGACGCGCUCGUCAAGAAGGCUGACGACGCCGGCGCAUGGCUCGACGACCAGGAGAAGGCUCAGAAAAAACUCAAGAACCACGACGAGCCCGCCUUCCGCGUGGCAGAGCUCAACGCGAAGCUUAAGCCGACGGUCGUCCUCGCGGCGCGCCUCAACGCGAAGAAGAAGCCCGUGGUCGUCGAGGACGUCAACGCGACGAAUGCGACGGACGUCAACGCUACCGACGGCAACGCCACGGAUGCGAACGCGACGGAGCCCGAGCCGGAGAGCGAGGAGGACGCGAAGGUCACGGAGGAGAUGAAGGACGAGCUAUAAGGGCCGUCCCCGCGCUCGCGCUAUGUGAUUUAAAGUAUCUUCUUCCAAUG